GUUCUCAAAUGUAGUCAUGCCUGAGGUUGUUAACAGAACUUCUGCGCGGCACCAAAAUCACUCUUUCCUCCGAUCAGCUACAUCUGCUAAUUCAGCUUCCAUUGUUUGUUGAUCUUGAGAGCAAUCCCUCCUUUGUUGCUCUUUCACUUCUAAAGGCAAUUGUUAAUCGCAGGCUAGUUGUUCCUGAGAUAUAUGAUCUUGUAACAAGAGUUGCAAAUUUGAUGGUAACAAGUCAAGUAGAACCAAUUCGUCACAAGUGUAGCAAGAUUUUAUUGCAAUUCUUACUUGAAUAUCGUCUCUCUACAAAACGUUUGCAACAACAUUUGGAUUUUCUGCUGUCAAAUCUGAGGUAUGAGCAUUCAAGUGGAAGGAAAACUGUGCUUGAGAUGCUCCACACAAUUACUGUUAACUUUCCACAAAACGUUGUAGAUGAGCAGUCACAGACCUUUUUUGUCCAUUUGGUGAUUUGCUUGGCUAAUGAUCAAGAUAAUGAAGUUCGUUCCUUGGCUGGAGUUGCUAUAAAAUGUCUCAUUGGCUAUAUAAGCUCACAUUCAUUUCGUUCCAUUCUUGAGUACAGCCUAUCUUGGUAUUUGGGUGGGAAGCAGCAAUUAUGGAGCGCUGCAGCACAGGUAAAGUUUUCACAUUAACUUCUCAAAUUUAAA